AUGGCUGCAGAGGCGGCUCAAGCCGAAGUCCAAGCACUGCUGGCUUUUCUGACAAGAGAUGCGAAAGUGCCAUUGGCUGCAGCAUUGCCAAAGUAUAACGCUCUCAGAAAGCAUGGCCUCGUGACUCCCGAUGCCAUUGCAAAGGCCGACAUUGGCAUACUAAGGCCCAUCUUCACUGAUGAGAAGAUCCUCAAGCAAGUCCAAAAUGCAGCCAAAAGACUGUCCAAUCCGAAGAAACGCGCGGCCUCCACUAUCUUGUCGUCACCUACCAAGCAGAGGAAGACUACCUCUGAUCAUGAAGUACAGCUAGAACUUCCCUAUUCUGACAUACCCAUUGAUGAUCUACGACACAAAACGAUUGAAACGAACCGUGCGCCAUUGUUCCUAGCUUUUGCAUUUUGCUUGACCAAGUAUACGCUUCCGGAGCAGCCACUGUCUAGUCGCUUGAGUCUGGCGCAAGCCGUUACUAGCGCUGGUGCCCAGAGCAAGGCCAAGUAUAUCGGGUUGACUGACAGUACAGCUGAGGACGAAGGAUGGGCACAGGGACAGCCCAAGAUCAGACUCAUGGGCAGAGAUGUCCCCGUUAUGAGAAGACAUGUCGCUACGCCAGUCAUCAAGGAAGAGGAAGAUGGUCCGGAAACAGUCGAUGUGCAAGAGUCAGGCACGAUGCAAGAAGCAUUCUGGGGAAUUGACCUAGAAGCUCUAAAGAAGUCAAACGGACCACUAGUCGCUGGCAAGUUGGGUGGGGCUGGCCCUCCAGUACAUAGACCGGAAGGAGCCAGAGCCUAUAUGCUCAAGUCGAUCGACCUUGUUCAGUCAGACGACGAGAAGGGUGAGCACAACGAGGACACCAAGCCGGAAAAGCCGUCCUUGCCUCAGCGAUCGAAGAAGCUCACUGCUGCCGACAAGACUGCCCGGCGGGAAGAGGCAGUGGCUGUGCUACUAAAGGCAAUUGAUCAUGUUUAUGCUUCAUGGUCUACGACACUCAAAAACGACGAGUUGGAUAGGAAGGCGAGUUCCUGGUAUGCACAGGUACGACCUGCGGUCGAGUAUGGUCAAGCAGGCUGGGGUCAGCGUGGGAAGGUUUCAUUGCAAGCUAUUGUUGACCUAACCAAACGGCCUUGA